AGAAAUUUCAGAUUGAUUAGUAACCGUACAAAAUGAAGUCGUUUUAUAUUGUGUUUGCGUUUUUAUACUUUGUCUACAUUCUAAACAUCGAGGGUCAAUCCGAAGAUGCAACCGAAGAAAUCACUGAAUUGGAUCCAAGUUUAUCAUAUUGCUUUAGAUUUACUUGGUUAGGCCCAAACUACGAUAACAGCAGCAAAGGACUAAACACAACUUGCGAAGAGUGGCGAAAUGAUAAUCGAGCUGAUGGGAUUCCUUGUAGAACACCUUUUCUAAUUUCUUAUGAUGGAACUCCACCAGAUAUGCAGUACGUAUGGGAACAUCACAGAACUGAUGUGGUUUGUAGAAGAGCCCGAGGACAAGUUUGCGCCAAGUACAGUUACAGCUUCAAUGAUGCACUAUUGAACAUUACGUAUAUGUGUACAAGAGCCUUUGUGGUUGAUGAAGGGGCAGUUACCAAAGGCUGUUUCGACCAAAAACUGACGUGUCUAAAAAGUCGUGUUCACGUCAAAACUUCAAAGAAAAAUAAAAUGCAUUCAAUUUUACAAAGGGGAAAUGCAAUUUUAGCGUACGCUUUAAGCGUUUUGGCGUGUUUAACGUUUGUGUGUUUCGCAUCGACCGUUCUUUUAAAUUACCGUACUAAAGCCGACUUGAAUACGGUUAAAGUUGUCGUCAAAAACGUCCCGGAUUAUAGCGCUUCGAGGGAAAAGAAUGAUCUCGGUUUCUUAACGUUCGAUCUUCAAACCGAUUUAACGCAUCUUUUUAAUUGGAAUGUUAAACAGUUAUUUUUGUAUUUAACAGCAGAGUAUAAAACGGAAAAUAAUGAAUUAAAUCAAGUCGUUUUAUGGGAUAAGAUUAUUUUGAGAGGUGAAAAUGCGAUUUUGGACUUUAAAAAUAUGAAUACUAAGUAUUAUUUUUGGGAUGAUGGAAAUGGUUUGAGGGGUAAUAAUAAUAUUACACUGACUUUAUCUUGGAAUAUUAUCCCUAAUGCUGGGUUAUUACCAAAUAUUUUCGCCCAUGGAAGUCAUACUUUUAAAUUUCCUGUGGAAUAUACAUCAACUAGGAUGUAAAUUAAUCUCUUUGAUUUAAAUAAAGUUGCAUUUUUUUUUAUUAAAGAA